GUGGCAGAGUUUGGGAUGAGGAGCCUGUGGUCAUCAGCUGAUCUCAGCCUUUUGUGUGCCCUUGAGCAAUGCCAUGGGAAUUUUGCCCUUCUGUGAGCUUCUGCCAACUCCUGUUCGCUUCUCUCUUCUCCUUCUUGAUUUUUAUACAUCAAACUUCCUUGAAAAUGGAGGAAAUGAAACCACAGGGCUUUUUUGUGAGUGACAAGGGACUGGUCAGCCUCCUCCCAGAGAAGAAAUGAAAUUUAGGGGGAAGGCAAGAAAAUGAUCUCCCUGAUCAUUUUUGCUGGUUUCAGGAGUUUGGAGGCCACGUGGUCGGGCAGUUCAUCUCCCAACUCUGCAAAUAUCCCGUGGGCACCACGGAACACAUGGCAUGUGGAGCAUGGACCUGCUGGUCCCAGACAGGUCCUGCUGCAGGGCUGGAUCCUUUCUCCAUAGUUUUGAACCCUUUCCCAGCUAGGUAGAUCUGGGUGAAGUUUUCCUCCUCAGAGGCUGGGUUUGCUGGGGACUUGGGGGUGUGUGAGGACCAUGGGAAGGGGGAGACAUGGGGUGGGGAGGUGGAGAGCAGGGGCAGAUAGGGCUGAGGAGGAGCAUAUUGCCUUGGGAAUGUGGAUCUUUGUUUCCUGGCAGCUGCAGGAAGAGCCAUUUCUGCUGACUUUCACACAGGGACUAGCACUCAGGAGGUCCUGAGUCCGGGUGGUUCUGACUUGGGCCCUGGGUGCUGGGUUUGCUGAAAUCCCCAGCAGCCCCAGGACACCCAAAGGUCUGGGAGCAGGGGGAUAGGAGCAUCCUGAAUCUCACUUGGACAAGGUGAGGAACAGGCACUGGCUUCUCAAAGUUACUGGAGACUCAACACCUGGGACAUGUCCAGCCUUGGCUUGGGAUGCAGCAGAAAUAACAGCACCUUCUUCCCCCAUAGGACAUGCAUCCCUGGGCUCCUGUCAAACCCUGAGCUGGGUGCUGGAGGCCAGAGGGGUCUGGAGGGACACAAGGGGAAUAGGUGCCAUUCAGGGGUGGCAUUUCUCCACCCUGCAGGAGUGAUGGCGUGGCUGAGCAGGGCAGAGCCACCCCCAGUCGCCAUCUCUGUGGGCUGAAACCCCAAGUGAGGGUUCUGCUGCGUAGAGGAGUCACCAUGCAGGGCUUGUCCCCAGGAGCUGUGUGACACCCUGUACCCCUGGCUGCCUGCUGGGCCCCGUGGUUCCUCCUUGCCGUGGGACCCCCCUGAGCGCAGCUGAGGGGCCGCAGGAUGGACCGUGCCGAAGCCCAGGUGCUGUUCCACAUGUGGCAGCUGUGAAAGUGCUGUGUGUCAAACACUCGCUGAGCCCUCACUGCUCAUUUGCCUGAGUUUCAGCUUUUCCCCAGAUGCAAAUGCCGUCAGCUCCGCUCCCACCAGGAGUGCCGCCACUGGGAUGGAGGCUCCGCUCCCUGGUGUCUCCCUGCUUCUUCUCCUCCUGGCUGUGGGAUGGGGAAGCAGGAUGGACGCAGCCUGGGCACCAUCUCCUGGGAGCUGUGAGCUUGUGCAGAGCAUCAUGGAUUGCACUGGCAGAUGGCUGAGUUCCAUCCCAGGAAACCUUCGAGGCGAUACCGAGGAGCUGUUUCUUGAUGACAACACUAUCCAGGUCCUGGGCAAUGCCUCUCUGCUCCUGUAUCCCCAGCUCUGGCAUCUCAGCCUGACCAGGAACCGGCUGGAGCUCAUUGAGCCCGGCGCCUUCCUCAGCAGCCAAGGCCUGGAGGUGCUCUCCUUGACAGACAACCUGCUCUUCACCAACUACUCGCUGACAGCUGCUGCUCUGUCUGCUCUGCCAGCCUUGAGGAUGCUGGAUCUGGCUGGAAACCAGCUCAGGGAGGACAUGGUAUCAGUUUUAGUCUCAAACCUCUCUUCCCUGGAGUCCCUGUCAGUGGCCAGAAACAUCAUCAUGAGGCUGGACUCAUCCACUUUCACAAACCUGACAGAGCUGCUGGAGCUGAACCUGGAGAAGAACUACAUCUUUGAGAUUGACAAUGCUUUUGAAGGGCUACAGAGGCUGCAGAGGCUCAACAUAGCUUACAACUACCUCCCGUGUCUGGUGGGGUUUGACCUGACCCAGCUUAGGGUGCUCAACGUCAGCAACAAUGUCAUUGAGUGGUUUCUGACCCUGGAAAUUGAUGACCUCUUUGAGCUGGAGGUGCUGGACCUGUCCCACAACCGCCUCCUGUUCUUCCCUGUGCUGCCCCAGAAGAGCAAGCUGCACACCUUGCUGCUGCAGGACAACAGGAUGAGCUUCUACCAGCGUCUCCCCAACGGCACCUCCCUGGCCAACGUCACCAUGCAGUUCCUGAUCAUUGAUGGCAACUCCACCAACAUCACAACAGUCAGGCUCUGGGACGAGCUCUGCCACAGCAACCUCUCCUCCCUGCGCCUCCUGGACAUGAGCCAGAAUGAAGUCUGGGGCCUGCCAGAUGAAUUCUUGGCCCAGAUGCCCUCUCUGACCCACCUGAAGCUCAACCAGAACUGCCUGGAGGCGUUUCACCUGUCAGAGGAGGACCCCUUGGCCAUGCUGACAGAGCUGGACCUCAGCCAGAACCAGCUGGUGGAGCUGGGGGUGAAGGUGGGUGUUGGGGACAUCCUGCCCAGCCUGCAGCUCUUUAACCUCAGCACCAACAGGCUGCAGGCUCUUCCUCCCGGGAUUUUCACCCGCACCAGGAAGAUCACUACUCUGGACCUCAGCUACAACCGGGUUGUCCUCUGUCCCCAGCCAGGUGAGGCUGAGAGUCUCGCCUGCGUGGACAUCAGGGGUGUGGAGACCUUGACCCACCUCUCCUUGGCUGGCUGUGGCCUGCAGAGGAUGGGUGGCCGUCCCUUCCAGGGGACAUCACUGGUUCAUCUGGACCUCUCUGACAACCGCCAGCUGCUGUCCGGGGACCCGGGGUGGCUGCAGGACCUUGUCCUGACCCUGCAGGUGCUGUCUCUGAGGAACACCAGCCUCUCUUCCACCGCCAUGGACCUCUCUGCCCUGAGCAGCCUGGUGCGCUUGGACCUCUCCGGGAAUUGCUUGGCUGCGUUCCCCGCCUCGCUGGGCACGCUGAGGCUGCGCAGCCUGGACCUGCGGGAAAACUGCCUGCGGGCGCUGCCGCAGGACGUGGCACAAGUGCCGCUGGGGAGCAGCCUGCGGGAGCUCUACCUCAGCCGAAACCCCUACAACUGCUGCACGCUGGGCUGGUGGGACGCCCUGCAGCGGGCCGAGGGGCUGCGCGUCCCCGACGGGCCAGAGGUGACCUGCAGCCACGGGUCCCGCGCGCUCAGCCCCGGCGCGCUGCCCCAGCCCGUGCUGCAGGGCUGCCGCUGGCACGAGGCCGACCUGGCGCUGCUCUACCUGGUGCUGGCUCUGCCCACCUGCCUGACGCUCCUGGUGGCCUUCGUUGUUGUCUUGCUCGUGGUCAAGGAGAAGCUGCUGAGAAUGGUGAAAAGCCGGUGUGGGGUGUCCAGCCCUUACUAAUGGCUGAGGAAGAGGAAGGGCUUGGGAAUAGUCAAUAACGGGGUGGUCAGGAGUACAGGUGAUAACCCCUCCGAGGUGGUCGAGAUGGAAACCUGGUGGAUGUAGGACAGGAGGUGCUGGGAGAGCUGCCAUUCCUGCCCUAAUGGUACCCAAAGGGUGAGGGCUGUGUCUGGUGAUGGAGCACUGGGAAUCCUCAAGGAACGUGUCUUCAGCAGAAACCUUCAGCUGGUCUUGGUGAGAGCUGAGUGGGCAGGACAUCAAACAUUCCUUGGCUGAAAGGACAGGUUGCCCAGAAAAUCUGUGGAUGCCCCGUCUGUGGAAGUGGAUCAAGGCCGGGUUGGAGUGGGCUUGGAGCAAUCUGAUCUAGAGGAAGGUGUUGUAACCAGAUGGGUUUUAAAGGUCCCUUCUAACCCAGACCAUUCUGGGAUUCUGUGACAGUUUUCUCCAUCACUGCUUUCCCCACCCA